AUGGACCAAAUAUUUGUUGUUCUGCUUCUCGGCGAGACAGGGUCGGGUAAAAGUACAUUUGCCAGAUUGUUGACCGGUGACCCAUCCAUCCGAGUUUCUCACGGCCUCGAAUCAGGUACAGAUCAUAUCUCCAUCUAUGAAACCAGCCUGAGGGACUGGGCGUGCACCGUUAUCGACACUCCAGGCCUCAACGAUGACUAUUCAUCAAAUAUGAACAUCUUCCAACAUGCACUACAACUCCUCAAGUCGCCAUAUUAUCCCCAAGGCAACGAAACAUUCAUAUUCUACUUUCAUCAAAUCAUCCAGCCACGAUUCCCGCGGAGCGCUCAUACAAAUUUGCUCAUGUUCUCCGACUUAUUCAAAGGUUCCCUGCAGAAUCUCGUCCUAGCAACCACGUUUUGGAGCUGCUUGAGUGGGACGGCAAACAUUCAACAAAUAGGGGAGAAGAGAGAAGAAGAACUGGUGAGCACGGAUAAGUUCUGGGGCUCCAUGGUCCGACAGGGUGCUCAGAUCCGGCGGAUCCCAGACACCAGACAAGGAUGCCUGUCGUUAGUUCUCGAUAUCAUAGCCCACAGCAGGUCUCGGCCUUCACGCUCCGAGGCUCCUAUCGAGCCAUCAAUUGUACCUUCAGAACAAAGAGCUUGCGCGGCGGAAGACAUCGAAAGAGUCCGGACAGAGCACGAGCGUCAGAAGCAGGAAUGCAUUGAACAAUUCGAAGCAUACAUCGCUGAGGACCUCCAACGGCGCCUGACACUAGAGAACGAACAACGCCGCCAGAGCGAACACCAGAUCCAGGCGGCACAAGAAGAGGACAUUGCCAUCUACCAAACACAGCUGCAAAACAUGGAUCGUGUCAUGGAGGAGGCGGCACAGAUUGAGUGCCGCCAGUCCGAACAGCUCGAGAUCCUCGAUCGUAAACUCACGGCCAUGAGCCAUCAGUCACGGAAUCAACAAGACCAGAAUCGAUGGGCGUUUUGGCGGCAACACUGUGACAGAGUGAACAAAGAAUUGGCUCUUCUACAGGCCGCGCGAAAUGCCAACCCGAAUCUCUAUCGAUUUAAUGCGCGAAUCGACACAAUUUGUUGUAACAACUGCUAUCUGCCGGUCAAGCAGAACGAGCGGUAUUACAGUUAG